AUAACUCAACUAAAAUACAUAAGUUUGCUUGUUUAUCUUAAAGCUGCAGAGUUCACACAGUUUGCGUUCCAGUGUGUUUUUAUACCCAAUAGAGUUUCCUUCGCAAGACUGCAUGCGCACAAACAUCCUCCCUCCUUGCUUCUGCUUUCAGAUGCAGCAGCUAGGGGUUUUGAAUGUCAGAUGUUGUUGUAGUAUAAAAUGUCACUUCUGGAACGGUGCUUUUGUUAUAGUUAGAAAAUUUAAUAUAGAACUGAUACUUUCAGCUGUCAUACAUAUUUGAAAAACUAUUUUUAAACCAAGCAAAAUGUGAUUUUAAAACUAAAAGGUGACGCGGAGAACUCCAACACGAAUUCGCAUUUCCCAACUGGAAAACACAAUUCCAUUUCUGUAGUGAGCAAAAAGUACAGCAACAGUAAUUCUCACAUUUCACGGUAACUCCGUCGUUCCUUCACUGGAUUACCGCUGUUCUGCUCAGAAAUCUUUGCCACGCCUCUUGGUUACAGCUCUUGGACUCUGCUCUUGUCAAGCAGUCAAUGUAAUCCAAUUGAGUUCUUACGACAAACGUCUUAAAACCGGACCAGUUUGGAAAAAGUUUAGAAUCGAUAUCAGAAAGCGACCACAAUAAAAGGCAGUUCGACGUUUUUAAAAAAAACUUUGCAGUGUAUCCUGUUAUAGACACCAGAACACAAAAUGUUGUCGGUUGAGAAAUCAAGUUCCAGUGCUGGCCAGUGCUUAGUUACAGAAAUGUAAACGAAACAUUAAACAAUGAUUGGAGUGGGAUUUCAAGAACAAGAACUUCUGAAGAACCAGAGGAAGCGAUAAGGCUAAACAUUAUUCCAUCUAUCGAAUGAACCAAGCAUGAGUAAUACGUUUGUCACACUGGCUGAAGUCCUAGAGGCCAGGAGGGGACCUCUAGAAGAAGAUGAAAUCUGGUCACUAUUACUGAGGACUGCUGAAUCUUUGCCGGAUGCAUCAUACAAAGGUCACAAAAACAUUUGUAAUAUUAUUUCCCCUGGGUCGCUACUGCUUUCAGCCAAUGGACAGCUUGCUUUUAAGAAUAAUGCAUUGGGAGAGGACCUGUGUCCCUUCAAAGCUCCUGAAGUGAUUCAGGGUCGGGCAAGUACUACACAUUUGGCAAUAGAAAAGAUGCUUGUUUAUUCCUUGGGUAUGACUCUUUAUUGGUGUGUUGACUACCACGUUCCUCAAAACCAGCCCAUCAAACUGAGUGAUCCAUUGAAUUGCCUUUUGCUCAGCAUGUGUGAAGACAUGGCCCAGAGGAGACUGAAUCUGCAAACUAUUUUAGAAGUUUGUGAAAUACAUAAUAAAACAUCUGUUUUACACGAGCCUAGCAGGGUUAUCAAACAACUGGUGGAAGAAGUCCUUCAAAACUCAGUAGACCAUCUGUCCCUUUCAGAAAAUCCAGUGCCCAUGGGUGAUCGGACUCAAAUAAUCAGGCAAAGACUUCAUGGUAGUCACAGACCUCAUUCAGGGUACAGUGACACAAGCCGUGCUUCUGGAGAAAGUUUGUCUACAGAUACAGAAACAAAGCAAGGAAAUACGCAUCAGCCUUCUGCUUGGGCAUCUGAUAGUAAAAGAUUAACAGCCAGCUCAUUUAUGGCAUGCCCAGACAGAGCCACGAUGGGGAUCCAGCAGAGUGCAAACAGUUGUGGUUGGAUGAAUAGAAAUUCCCUCUUGGAAGUUCUUCAUCACAGUGAAGCUGGGUCCCCAGGAACCGCAGAUUAUUCUGCUAAUCCACCCAAAAGAAAAGCAAAGCAUUUAGGGCCUGAGUUCCAUCGAAAACCUGGAGAACCACAAACAAGCUUGGAACUAUCUGGAUCAAUUGUGACAAAGAAAGGCAAGUCUGGUUACUCGCAAAGGGAUCUCAGUGUUAUUAUGCCAAAUGGACAGUGUAUUGAAGUGAAGUGUGAUAUCAAGUCUAAAGCUAGAGAUGUCUUUGACUUGGUUGUGGCUCAUGCAAAUCUAUUGGAACACUUCUACUUUGGUCUCGCUUUCAUUGAUGACAAUGAGUUUUUCUUUGUGGACCACGAAACCAAGCUGUCGAAAGUUGUUCCCGAAGGAUGGAAGAAAGGAGCGCCCGUCCGUUUUACUCUGUUUCUUAGAAUUAAGUUUUUUGUGGAUAACAUCAGUUUUAUCCAACACAGACUGACUCGGCACCAGCACUAUCUACAGCUGCGGAAGGAUAUCCUUGAAGAAAGGUUGUACUGUAAUGAUGAGACAGCCCUACAGCUCGGUGCUAUCGCUCUACAGGCAGAAUAUGGGGACUAUCUCCCGGGGGUGUAUGGGAAGAAUUACUUUCAGCUGGAGCAUUACAUUCCUGGAAGUGUGAUGGAAAAAAUGGCCUUGACAUGCUUGAACGAGGAGCUUCCAAGAUUACAUGCCAAUUAUAGCAGACUGUCCGCUGAAGAGGCAGAAAUUGAAUACUUGAAGGUUUUGCAGCAGCUUCCAGAAUACGGGGUGCUUUUUCAUCGUGUUACACGGGAAAAGAAAGUUGUGCCAGGACACUUGGUCCUCGGGAUAUGUGCCAAAGGCAUCAUUGUUUAUGAAGUCAAAAAUAAUUCCAGGAUUGCAAGCCUUAGAUUCCAAUGGCGGGAAACUGAAAGUAUUUCUUCAAGUAGGAGGAAAUUUACUGUGGAGAGCAGUUCAAGUGGGAAAAAGCACGUCUUUCUCACAGAGAGCUCAAAGAUUUCCAAAUACCUUCUGAGUCUUUGUUCUGCCCAGCACAAAUUUCAAAAUGAAAUGAACUCACGACAACUCACCCUAAACCCUCCAACAGAAGAAAAUAAAUACACUGCAUUAGAAGAAAGCAUAUCAAGGUAUGCUGCUCGACACAAAGGACUAGCUCAAAGGCUGUCUUGCUCGGAAAGUGUGCUAAAUCCCUCCCAUCUGAACCCAAUGCCAGGUGAUAUGAUGAGCAAGUCUUGUGAUGAUAUUAGUGUUGAAAUGGAGACUGGGUCUGGAGAUGAACCACAGAUUUGGAGCAUUUCAGAUGCUCUUUCUCACUUAGAAACAUACUCCUCGGUGCAAAAAAAAGAAAGCCAUUUUGAUGGAGCACCCAGUCAUUCAAGCCACCCCAUAUUAAAUGGUUCUCAAAAUAAGAUGCCAGAGAGAGAAAUUAUCUGUGCAACGUUGAAGAAGGACCCAAAGCUUGGCCUUGGCUUUAUAAUUGUUGGUGAAGACAAAACGAGAAAAUUAGAUCUUGGAAUCUUUAUUGCAUCCAUUAUACCUGGUGGCCCUGCAGAUAAAGAUGGUCGUAUUAAACCAGGUGGAAGGCUGAUUUCUUUAAACAAAGCAAGUCUGGAAGGAGUCACAUUCAGCACAGCUGCUGGAAUCCUGCAAAAUUCUCCAGAGGAGGUGGAACUUAUUAUUUCUCAAUCAAAAAAUCAAAUAACACCACAAUGGAGCAAGAAACAUAAGGUGCAAGGCAACCACUGCAAUAUAGAAGGAAAAUAUGACUCCCAAACAACAUUAACCACAGAGAACCACUUAUCCCUGAAUGAACUUGACACAAUAACACCUUGUUCUGGAACAAAAGUACAUGUGGAUCGGAUCAUGGAUACCCAGGAUGGUGGACCAGAAUCUGUGCUUAAAGACAAUGUAAAGCCACGUGAAGUGUACUGUGUGGAACUAAGAAAAACUGAUGGAAGCCUUGGAAUCAGUGUCACUGGUGGAGUGAACACAAGUGUACGUCAUGGUGGGAUUUAUAUCAAGACUAUUGUACCCCAAGGAGCAGCUGACCGAGAUGGGCGAAUCAGAAAAGGUGAUCGCCUGUUGGAGGUAGAUGGUGUCAGUCUACAGGGUAUCACUCACAAGCAAGCUGUGGAGUGUCUGAAGAGAACAGGAGAGAUGGUUCAGCUGCUUCUGCAGAGAGGACAGCACACAGCCGCAGAGAGCCACAGCCCAGGAACCAAGAGAGCUCCUGCAGCCUUUCAUGUCAGUCAGAUGAGAAAAGACAGCUAUGCUGCUGUUUCUAUGGCAACACCCUUGUCAGUCAAUGUCAAGGACUACAGCUUUGUGACAGAUGAUAACACUUUUGAAGUAACGUUAAAAAAGAACAUUAGUGGCAUUGGUUUCAGUUUCCUGCAGAUGGAAUCUCUUCCGGGGGACGGAGGGGGCAUUAUCAGAAUCAAAAGACUUUUCCCAGGACAACCAGCAGAGGAAAGUGGGAAGAUUGAAGUUGGGGAUGUCAUUCUUGCUGUCAAUGGGGAAUCAGUAAAGGGACUGUCAUAUCAGAAAGUCCUUCAUCUUUUACGGGGUGCCCCAGCUACAGUGACACUGUCUCUGUGCAGACCAGCUUGUGGUGUACUUCCAGAAAUAGACACUCAUGCAAUGACUCCAGCACCUUCCCCCGUUAAAGAGAUAAAAUCAAGAUUAGCUGCCUUCCACCAAACCGAUGUCACAAUACAUGAAUAUAAAUGCACCCUACAACAGCAAAACGAGGAGAGGGCUCAGUACAGAGAAGGUCAUUCCAAGGAACCAGGACAGCUGGAGGAUUUUACAGUUUCAGACUGCGACAGUGGCUCUGAGUUAGAUGAAGGAAAUGCCGCUUUUUCACAUUGCAUUGCAACUCCUCCACACGAGGGUAUCCAUUUUCGCCGAUUGAAAGGAAACACUUCACCAACAUGUACUGCACUAGCUGAAGAUGUAAGACAAAACUGCUACUCAGAAUGUGAUUUAAAUGAAAUCUGUGAAAGUAGCACAACAGAAGACAUGGAUGCAACAAUCACUUUUAGCCAGCGGGGUAAAGCAUUGCUUGAUGAGGAAUAUUUGACAAUCAGCUCAACAUCUGUUACCCCACCUUCCUGUAGUUCUGGUACCCCCUCAACCCUGAUCUCUACCCCUCAGCCCCAAGCACUAGCACCGUCUCUUCAGGCCCAGAUUCAAGUGGAACAGCCACCCAUCAGCAGUGAUGAGUGGGAGGAUUUGGAGGAGGAAAAAGAGGAAAAGCAGAAAAAUGGUUUCUCCCAGGAAUUUGAGCUUUCUGUCACAUUAGCCAAAUCUCACAGUGGCAGUUUUGGAUUUACUAUCGUUCGAAGUAAACUGGAUGGCUGUUACUACAUUCGAGAUAUUCUGGAUAACCCAGCCAAGGCAGAUGGGAGAUUAAGAGCUGGGGACAGACUGAUUGUGGUGAAUGGACAGGAUGUAACCUAUGUUUCCCAUGAAGAUGCUAUGUCUGUACUGAGAUGCACACCUAAUAAACUCAUGAUGACUAUUGGCAGAGUUGUCCAGAAUCUCAGGGCACCCCCCUGUCCUGAAAACAUUCCAGACGUUGUCCUUGUGAGGAGCCCAAGUGGACAGUUAGGUAUUAAGCUAACUGGAGGAAUUGGCAGUAAGUGGCAAGGCAUUUACAUUCUUGAGGUCGUUCCAAGCUCUCCCGCUAGUGAAGAAGGCAGUCUUCAGCCCAACGACAAGAUCCUGUACAUCUGCGGUAAAUGUACAAUGGGUAUGAGCUUAGAGGAUGCUGUGAAGGCUUGUGAGUCAGCCACACGGAAAGUGAAGAUCAAGGCUACAAGAGAUGAUCAACCAGUGGUGCCAAAAGGAAAAUGGAAUGGAUUAUUUGACUGGAAAAAGGAAAUGAAACUAUUUGCUUGUUCCGAAGACCAGGGCCCUCUGAAACAAGAACAGCUAAGUGAAGACACAAAACAGUUGGAUGAAGAUACUGCUAACUCUAGACAAAGAUUAUCUAGUGCUUCCGAACAUGAGAGCUGUAUAAUUCAAAUCGAAUUCAAAAAGCCGGAAAGAGGAGGCUUUGGAUUUGCUUUAGUGGGAGGCAACAAUGGAAGUGUGCUUCAAGUGAAGGCAAUCAGUCCAGGCAGUGUGUCAGAUCUCGAUGGGAGAUUAAAAGUUGGAGACAUUUUGUUAGAGGUAAAUGAUGAUAUUGUGUCUGGCCUAAGUCACAGCAAGGUUGUUGAAAUACUGCGGAAAGCUGAGGGAGCUGUGAAGCUCACUGUUUGCAGAAAUAUACUUGCAGAUUCAACAAGUGAAAAUCACACCAUGCAAACCACUUACACAAACACAGAACAGUUGGUUAAUGACCAUUGUAAAGGACAAGGAGGUCCUGCCAACACAGAUGUAAAACCAAAUUUUAAAACCAUGCAAGCAUUAGAAAAAGAAGAAGCUGAGGAAUAUACUAACUCCGAUGUUUCAGUCCCAGCUCAUCAGCAAAACUCCAGCUCAGCACUUUGUGUCCCAGAUAUACUUCAGCCCAACACAGACAGAAGCUUAGGUCCUCGUUCAUAUAUGUAUCAUGAGACUAAAAUUAAGGAAAAGAAAAACAGUGAUUCAGAUGGAUGGAGCAGUGAUGAGGAUCCACCUCAUUCUUCUUUUCGGGAGUUUCUACCAUCUACAGGCAAAAUGAUUGUGUCUGAAGAAGAACUCUCCCGUUUGUCUGUGGUGAAUCCACUCAGAAAUGGGCUGUAUUCUGGAUCCAGUCUCUGUGUCCUUAUUCAAAUUCUUCAGCAACAGCUUGAUCAACAGCAACCACAUAAGGAGUUUAUGGCCUUGGAACAUUUAAAACCAAUUGACAACUGCCUUGUAGGAAAAGCACUUGAGAACAGAGACAAAAACAGAUACAGAGACAUCCUGCCUUAUGAUAAAACACGGGUCCCUGUUGGAGAACAAGAAGAUUAUAUAAAUGCAAGUUACAUCAAAAUGUCAGUUGGCCCAAAAGAGUACUGUUACAUUUCAUCUCAAGGACCCCUGCCUGGCACAAUUGAUGUAUUUUGGCAAAUGGUCUGGGAGAAUAAAUCAGAUGUGAUUGCAAUGAUGACUCAAGAGGUGGAGCAUGGAAAAGUCAAGUGUCAUAAAUACUGGCCUGACCAACUAAACAAGCCAAUGGAAACAAAAAAAUACCAACUUAUUCUGGACAAUUAUCAAAUUCUAGACUAUUUUCAAAUUCAAAUCAUUAGGAUGAUUGAAAAGGAAAGUGGAAAUACACACGUGGUGAAACACUUGAAAUUCACGACCUGGCCAGACCACGGCACUCCCAGGUCAUCAGAACACCUCGUAAGGUUCAUUCGCUACAUGAGAUCAGUUCAACAAUCAGGACCUGGAGUUGUUCACUGCAGUGCUGGAAUAGGGAGGUGUGGGGUACUCAUCUGUAUUGACGUUAUACUCAGCCUGAUAGAAAAGGAUUUCAAUAUUAAUGUAAGGGAAAUAGUGAAGGAGAUGCGACAGCAAAGACAUGGAAUGAUACAGACAAGGGAUCAGUACCAGUUCUGUUACAAAGUCUUGGUGGAAGUUCUGCAGGGCAUUCUGGAACUUCAUGGUAACCAACAGCAACAGCAAAAACUGUUUUGAUCUGUGUCAACUUUAGUUAUUCCACCGUUUGCAAAGGGCACAUUUUGUAAAUAUGUUUAGAAUUAUUUUUUGGAAAUAUAUUGUUUUUGUAAAUUGUAAGUAUUCCCUUGCAUAUCCUUCAGUGCACCAUUUGUAAGAAUUUGCACAGCUGAAACCAUGUACUAUUGUGUAUUAAUACAUUUUAAGCUACAAUGCAGGCCUUUUAUUCAUCUUGUCUUGCCAGUAUAACAACGUUGAUGCAGUGAGAGGCUUUUGAGUUCCACAUAUAAUGUGCAUUGUUAUGCAAAUUGUUCUGAAGGUGUAUCAUUCAGUAUUGAGAUAUUCAAAGGGAAUACCAGAACUACUAUAUACAAAAUGAACCAGAAGAUCUAGGGCCCUAUUUAGCAAAUAUGUGUGCAGCCGCUAUCGCUAGGGCAAAAAUGACUGCGUUUGCGAACCGCUGCAAUAGUGUACAAAAACGUCUCAGGUCUCAUGCGUAGGUCUCAGCAUAGCAAAACUGAAAUCAUGAAAUUGUGGUAUUCAUUAAAAAGAUGCAGCAUUACAUUUUCAUCAGAUUAAAAAGAGGGCCAAACAAUUACUGCACUUACUUGCACUUGCUGUUGAUAUUUCCAAGAGUAAAUCAAUUACAGUGUAAGUGAGUCCAAUGAAUUGGUGGGGGCGCAGAAACCAGAGUUAAAUAAUCACUGAAGUAACAAAUUAUGAAAAGCAUACAUAAAUGUUAACCAAAAGAGAUUCAACUUGGACUAGGGAAACAGAGCAACUAACAUUGUGAGGGAACUAGCUUUUUUUUUCUUACUGUACAAUAUUGUAAUAAGUUGUAUUCAUUUAAUUUGUGUAACAAAUCAUGGACAAUUUGAAUAAUGAAUGUCUGAUUACUGUACACUGUCUGCUUAUUCUUGUUGUCAUAUUAACUGUAUGAGUCCCUUUUGCUUUUAGCGUGUUUUGACUUUGUCUCCUUGUGGAAUCAACAAUGUAUUGGAGUGCUUUUAAACCACUUUUUUUUUUCCUGAACUCGUAAAUGAUCCUUUCAGUCACAGAGCCUUCCCCAUAAUGUUUUGUAUUAAUUGAGAGAGCAAGUAGGUCACACGAUUUGAAUGGAAUGUUAGCAAGUCUCUUGUGUGCCAGCAGAUCUCCAGGCAAGUUUAAAACAAGCUUCAAGCCAGGUAAAGACAGAUAUAGAGAAGUGAUAGUUGCCCUGUAUUGGGACAACAUAACCUAGAAUCACUCAGAAUGAUUGCUAACAUCAUAGGAAAAUUAAAAAAAUUGACAUUUGAUGCUACUUACUCUUUAAGAUGCAGAAUAUUGAAUAUUGAAAUAGUCAGUGGACUCUAUGAACUAGUAUUACUUUGAGCAAUACAACAUAGAGUGCUUUAAAAAUAGUGUAUAUUUAAUGCAUUUGUUUGCAUUGUAGGGCUUCUUAGCCCCCCUCUUCCACAUGUUUUAUAUUGUUGAGUAUUUCUAUCGCUUUAAUAUUUAACACUUUUAAAACACUUUUGUUGAUUUAAAACAACACUUAUGUAAAAAAUUUUGGAAAACCAGAGAACAUGAAAUUGUAAAGCAUGUGGCAUAUCUGUGUAGUUACGUUAUUUUUCAAGAGAUCUUGAAUACUGAUUAAUAUAUUAGAUUUUUUACUAUUUUAACUGUUGUGUCUUUUUGGUUGUAUCCAUCUACAUACAGUAUAUACGUUCCAUACGUAAUACAUUAAAAUGAAAUUCUUUCCAUUCACAAAAUGUUUGAUUUCAUUUUAUUUCCAAGAAGGU